ACGUUUCACUCGCUCUCCACUGCUCUCUCCUGGUGUAUGUUUUGUGCUCUCUUGCUGAAAGUAAGUCUCCACUUGGUCGUGUUCGUGUCUGUGUGUGGGAGACCGAACCCGGACACGGACCCGCUUUUGGGCGGCCUGUCGACGUGUGGAAGCUCCCUCUCGCAGCAUUCGACAGAAAAACAUGAAACAGUGCUCAUCGUGGAGCUUCAGAAGUCUGCUCCUCAGUGUUGAAAUCGAUCAACGUCUUAGAAUUGACACCUGUCGAUAUCUAAUCGAGAUCUUCUCACGCCGCAUUACGGGCGAUUAAAGUUGGUUAGACCUGUUCCCACAUCUAUGGAGUUUCAUCUAGACAGUGCAGAAUACUGCCAGGCA